CAGUCUCUAAUGCUACUGCAGCUAGUUUGCUAGUAAUAAAUUUUAGGAUUAUUAUACUAUAUAUUAAUAAUUCUAUUUUUUUUUUUUUUUUUUUAAGUCUUACAGGGUGUGUUUACCAAGUUGUUCAAACUACAGGAUCAGAAAGAAAGAAUGUGCUGAAAUUAAUACCAGUAUCUAAUUCAUUGGGUAACUUCUUCCCAUUAGUUCAGCCUGCUGUCAUACAAAAUGGAUCCCCUGUGAAUGGUAACCUGCCAGCUGGAUUUACAGUGGCCACCCCGGUGCGGAACAUCACUCUACCUUCACCUGUAAGAUUACCCGUGGUACAGCAGCCUGGAUUUGGAAAUUAUAUUAUCACAACUACAGGAAAUCUUAAGGUGCCUCUGGAAACUGUCCAAGUGGACAAUAAAGCCACUAACCUUCAGAAUACAACUGUAAUCCUUGAGAAAUCCCACGUGAGCACUGUGUCUGGGCCUCAACUUGGAAAUCAGACCUUUGUGAUGAUGAAUCCCAAAUCUCCACCAUUUGCUAUGCAAUCAUCACCAAAGUUGCCUUCGGGACAUCAUCUCCAGAUACCUGCUAAUGCUGAAGUUAAAUCUGUUCCAGCAUCGCUGUUGCCCUCUGCAAUCCAGCAGAAGAUACUUGCGGCUGCCAGCUCCAAUGAUGCUUCAAAGAAUCCUUCAGUUAUUUAUGUUUCUCCAGUGAAUACUGUAAGAACAUUAGUUACCAAUCCGUUGUCCCCCGUUUACCCCAAACAAGGGCAGUCGGGUAUCUCUCCUGUGGCCAUUGCUUCAACAAACAUGCAAAAUGUUGGUGGCAAUCAGCAAUCUGGGAGUACGGGGUCUCCCAAGGCACCAAUGAAGUGGAUUGUGCAAGAAAAUAACAAUUCUGCUGCUUGUCUCGUUCCAGUCAAGUCUUCCAAUGACACUGCCUCUAAAAUAUUAAAGAUUUUAUCUGGAAAACAUAGUGAAGAGACCAAUAUUGCCAAUAUAUUGCCAACACACAACAAUCCUGUGGCCUCAAACUCCAAUGUCAUCCAUAUCAAAGACAAUGCUCUGGUUAUGUACAAUAAUAAAAUUUAUCUUCUGGCUAAACGGGGAUCUGAUGUUUUCAAUGCACAACCCCCUCAAGCCAACUCACCUGACAAAUCUUCAGAUUCUAUGAAAGAUAUAUCUAAUAAAGUCGUUGAAGUUGUUCUUUCAAAAAAUAAAGUGUCCAAACAAGACAGUAGUUCAACAGUGUCCCCCUGUUCCGAUACCUCAGUGCCGCUGGAUGUGAAAACACAGAUGACUGAUCUCCAGCAUACCAUUAAACAGGAACUAAAUCCAAGGACUUUGCUGGGUGUUUCUUGUUUGGAGGAUACCGUGCUGGCCCAAACAUCCUUUACCAUCUCAAAGGAUAGCAAGGCUUGUCCACCAAAAGUAGAGGAUACUGUCAAUGUAAAACCAACCUCAAAAAUAGCAUCGCAACGAGCAGUAAAUAUUCAAAGUCAGAAGGUAAAUGCUUCUUAGUAGUAUAAAGUUUGUGAAUUAAAUAUGUUUCCACUUUUCAACUAACUAAACAGAAAAAAAAAUUAAAAGCUGGAGGAAUACUUGUGGUGAAUGGUAGGUUUUACUCAAGUAGUAAGUUAAUGCUAACUCAAGAAGAAGGGAUCGGAUAAGAGUUUAAUGCUCUGGGAAUUUAGCUUACGCUUUAUUGAAGCAUGAUCAUGGAUUGCUCUGUCACUCCAUGCAGUUUGUACAAUUAACUUGCCCAUAAGCUAGUCUGUAGAGGUUGUUGUUGAUGAUUUAAAGGAAGUGUGCAGUUUCUGCAUAGAAUAAGCUGCCCUUGCUCAGCCACAUAACUAUCCAUCAGACAUGUAAUCCAGUUUACGUCAGAAAUACUGUUAAGUGGAAAGUAACCUAGAAAUCUUCAUAACUUGCAAAUAAAACAAUUAUGACAUUAUGAAAUAAUGCUUUUGCGUUUUACUGUGAAAGUAAAUAACAGAAAGUAAGCAUCUGUUACCAUAACCAAAAUCCCACAACAAAGAAGCAAAUAUAUAAUUUACAGGCUUUUUAUAUGUGAAGUCCCAAUGCAAAUGUAUAAGAUAAAGACUAGACUAUAAAACCAAGAUACAAUUAAAGAGAUAUACUUUAUCAGACUGCACUCCAAACAUCGCUAUACCUCUGUAGAUUCAUCCAGUGGUCCAGUGCUGAUUACAUGGAAGAAGUCUACCUCUCUAUCUCAUGUCCUAGUAAGAGCUCUGUGAGUUGCAGUCCAUAAUGUGCAUCUCUGUCAUUAGGGGCUGAAGUCUCCAAAAUAAUUUAUUACAAAGAGGUUAAAGAAAUAUCACACACAAAAAAAAAUUUCAUUAAGAGGGAACACAUUUGUUAUCUGCAGUUUCCCGAUAUUACUGAUUUAGGAAAGUGUUUACAUGUUUUGAUUAGUGUAGCACAGUUUGCAACAAAAAUUCUAUAUUUUCCUCUGUGUCAUGUGCUUGGCACCACAUACACUUUUGCUUUGCUUGUUUUAUAUAAAGUAAUUUAUAAAUAAUAUUGUACUGUUAAGUGCACUGUAUCUCACUUCUAUCAACACAGUUCAUUUUUAGGGGGUGUUUUUUGGGGGUGGGCAAGUUCUACAUGUAAAUUUGGUAUUAGGAUUAAAAUUGCAUUGAUAUGAUUUUAUCUCUAUAUAAAAAUCUAACUUGUUGAUAUGACUCACACUUUCUUAGAAGCACUGCAGAUUGUGUUAGACCUGUUUAUUGGGGAGAUACAGAAAACGUUUUGAACUUAUCUAUGUAUUCAUUGCAUAGUCUGCAAAGUGUGUGUGUACACAAUCUGCCUGUUCUCUAUUUGUAAUCUGUUUGGCCAAUCUUUGUUUCAGAUGCAGACCAAUGUCUUCCCACCUGUGAAGAACAACCACUCUCUUCAAUUGAACAGAGUCACCGAUCAGAGUUUGAGGCUGAAAUUUGGUUUAAUCAAAAAAGAAAAGGUCUUCUUAAAAAGGCUACCUCUACUGCGGCCCAAAAAGUCAUCUCAAGGCUCUGUCCUUUCAAACCAAAGUUGGAAAAACAAUUACACUAAAAGCAAUAAUAUUGUGACAGAUAACAGUGGCACGACGAGCACAAAUUCAGAGGUUGGCAUUUAGCGCAAAUCUGCAGAAACACAUUUGAUGUAUUUGAAAUCAUCACUUCCCAUGUUUCCUAAUUUGGGCCUCAAUUACAUUCCUGUCGAUACAUUUUAUCUGCUCCUAAUAAGCCUUUUAUAUGUUCAGAUUGAUUUAAAUCCCACCGGUGAAGGCUUAUUGGAAGCUGAUAAACAUAGUUUCCAAUAUUGAGUCUCAUAACCAUGUUUAAAAUAUAAACUGUCUGGUUAGUUGGUUCAAUUCCAUUUAUCGUGGACAAAAUCCUUGCUAAAUGACCUUAACAAUUUUGACUUCAAAAAGCUGUCCAUCAAUGGCUCUUUAAUAGAAAUUAACAGUGGGUGGGGUGUAUUUUAAUUGUAAUAAUGCCCAAAGGCAUUAGGGGGUGGGGGACUUUUAAAUAAAUAAGAAAUGGAGGGAUUGUACAAGAAAACACAUGACUUUAAAAAAAGGCUUUCCAUCAACAUACUAUACAAUUCCAGUGAGAGUGCUCUGAUAGAUGAGUCUCACUUAUGUCUAGACUUGUGUGGGAACUUUACCAAUGGCAUGUCCACCCCAUCGUAUAUUUAAUUAUUGCCUACAACCACCACCUCUGGGUCGGGGGGAAUUAGGUACUUCCCCAUGUAUAUUCUUAUUAGAGCCCCCACCUAUCAUCUUUGGGUGGGGUGAUAAUAGGUUCUUCCUUUAUUUCAAAUAGAGCCCCCACCCAAUGUUCACAGGGUGGGAACGCAGGGGUACAAUAGGUCCCCCCUUUAUUUCAAUUAGAGUCCUCACCCAGAGCCUGUUCUUUAAUUUGAAGCUCCCAUCCAAUACUGACAGGACCCCCCGCUGUAUGUUGUUUGUGACUGGGCAGCAAUAGCCCAGUCACUAGUAUUAUGACAGUGAGUGGCUGCUCAUUGUUUAGUGGACAUACAAAACCUCAAGGCAUGGAGAAAGUUUAACAACUCCAUUGUACUUAUAUGGGAGUCAUUUUGUUGUUGUUGUUUUUAAUGACUAACAGGGUUCUAAGCACAUUUAUCAAAUUAUUUUGUUUGAGCAACCAACCCAUUUAUUGGGUUUGGAAUCAAUUCUGGCCAAAAUUCAAUAAACGUUUUGGCUGAAACAGGGUUUUGCAGAUAUAAUGUAAUUCGAGGCAUUAAUCAGAUUCUUGUCAGUGAUUCUUUAACUGGCAUUUUAAUAGAUCUAGAACUGUUUUAACGGUAGGUGGAAGAACAAAUUGAUGCCUGUAACUGUGUAAUCAUCUUGUACGACUUCACAGAAAAUAACUCUUAAUUUAUGAGCAGUCACUCCAGUGGACGCUAUUGCGUUUUCCAUUUUAAAUGAGGGGCAGAUGCAUAUUUUAUAGUAUCUGGCCAAUAAUAAUUUGUUGUUUUUGUGGGGUAGGUUUUAUAUUUAAAAGACUGUUACAUUUAUAGUGGAUAUCUUUAUAUUCAAUUGAUCAGCAGAAAUUCUAGUUGAGUACAUUCUCUUACAGACUUGCCAGGGCAUGUCAGAUCCAUAUUAUUUAAUUUAUUUUUAUUUUUUUAAAAAUUUUGAACUGUUGUGUCAGUUCGCCAUUAUACUCACUCUCAUAUUUACUUCAUUUUCCCCCCUUCAAUCCAAACGAGUCACCUCAAUCUCUAACUUGUAAUUGUCUCUAUUCCAGCAUCUAACUGCUGUGAUUUUUCUCCGGUCUCUGGCCCAUGGUUUAUCUCAAUCUUCCUCAUUCGAGUUUACAGCACACUUAAAAAUCAGCAUAACCUCAGAAUGUCUCUUUGAACACAUGCUCUUUUUACAAGAGGCCUACAAUAUACAUGACCUUUUCAUUUGCACUCUCAUGAGCCCUACCUCUGCCCAUUCUGUGCUGUCUUAUUUUUUUAGAGGCCUAAAUUUCAGCCUAAGCUUGGAGAUUUAAAAUGAGAUUGUGCCUUUUUUUUCUUCUCUCUCCCUUCUUCACCUUGUAACAAAAAUUCUUCAUACAUUAAUCAUUUGUAAUUGUUUAAACGUCUCUACUUCACUUUCUAGUUUCCUUAAUAGAUUAACUUUCCUAGACAUUCAUGAUUACCUUACCCCACACAUAUUACAUAGUUACAUAGCUGAAAAGAGACUUGCAUCCAUCAAGUUCAGCCUUCCUCACAUCUGUUUUUGCUGUUGAUCCAAAAGAAGGCAAAAAACCCAGUCUGAAGCGCUUCCAAUUGUGCAACAAACUAGGAAACAAAUCCUUCUUGGCCCCAGAAUGGCAGUCUGAUUUAUCCUUGGAUCAAGCAGGCAUUACCCCACUAAUUAAAAAUUAUAUCCCUGUAUAUUGUUUUUACAAGUAUUUAUCCAAUUGCUGUUUAAACAUCUUUAUAGACUCUGAUAAAAACCACCUCUUCAGGAAGAGAAUUCAAAAUCUUUAUUGUUCUUGUUUAAAAAAAAAAAAAAAACAUUUCCUUUACCAUAGACAAAAAUCUAAUUUCUUCCAGUCUAAAUGCAUGACCUUGUAUAGCCCUGUUUAUGAAUAGAUUUCCAAAAAAUGGUUUGUAUUGGCCCCGAAUAUAUUUGUAUAAUGCUCUCAUUUCCCUUUUGAGGCACCAUUUUUCAAACUAAAUAGAUUUAGUUUGUUAACCUCUCUUUAUAACUAAAAUGCUCAAUUUCUUUUAUCAAUUUUUUUGUUACCAGUGAUUUAUAAAGAGGCAAAAUUAUAUUUUCAUCACAAGUUUUAAUGCCCCUAUUUAUACAUUACAUUACUUUACUGGUCUUAGCCACUUCUCAUUGACAUUGCAUAUUGUUGCCUAGUUUGUGGUCUAUAACAAUUCCCAAAUCCUUCUUAUGUGUUAUGCCUAAUUCACUACCAUUUAGGGUGUAAGUAGAUUGUGCAUUCUUUACUCUGAAGUGCAUACAUUUGCAUUUUUCUACAUUAAAUUUCAUCUGCCAUUUUAGUGCCCAAUCUCCCAAUCUAUCUAAAUCUCUCUGCAGCAAAGCAUUAGCCUGCUCACAUUGUAUUACUUUACAGAGAUUUGUGUCAUCUGCAUACACUGAAACAUGACUUUUAAUGCCUAUUUCAAGAUCAUUUAUAAAUAUGUUAAAUAGAAGUGGUCCUAAAACAGAGCCCUGAAGGACACCACUUACCACUUUUGUCCAUCUUGAAAAUUUUCUAUUAAUGACAACUCGUUGUACUCUAUCUUUAAGCCAAUGUUCUACACAAGAAUUUUCAUCUAGACCAAUUUCUUUGAGUUUGAACAUUAACUUAUUGUGAGGAACCGUAUCAAAUGCCUUGGCAAAAUCCAAGCAGAUCACAUCCACUACAACACCCUGAUCUAUACUUCUACUUCUUCGUAGAAUGCAAUUAGCUUAGUUUGACAUGGCCUUUUUCAUAAAACCAUCCUGAUUAUUACUAAUAACAUUGCUUCUCCCAAUGAAUUCCUAAAUAUUAUCCCUUAAUAACACUUUAAAUAUUUUCCCAUCCACCAAAGUUAAGCUCACAGAUCUAUAAUUUCCAAAUAUUUUCACCCUUUUUGAAUAUAGGAACCAUCUGCCUUCCUCCAAUCCUCCAGUAAAAUUUCGAAAUGAAAAUAAUCUUGAAAAAUUAAAUACAGAGGUUCACACUUAGCCCCUUAUAGGACCACUAUAGUCACCCAGACCACUUCAACUAAAUGAGGGUGGGGGAACAUAAAAACCCUAUAGUACCAGGAAAACGAGUUGGCAGUAUAGUGGUUCUUUAAGUACUCAUGGGUGAAUACCGUCAGACCCCGGCUUUUUGUUUACAUUAACUUUCUUGUUUCUAGACCAAGUUUUGUCAUGCCUAGGGCAGCACAAAACUACAAUGCACCACUGCUGACAGACAUACACACACUGAGAGAGGCAUACACACUCACAAAUUAUCACUUGCUUUAAUUCAGUUUUGUUCAACCCAGCCUCCCUACCUUUGGGAGAACUGGAGAGGAUGGGCUUUCCUUUGGGUGGGGGACAUUGCCAGCAUCAGUAAGGGGCGAGGGAGCAGAGCAAGAAGAUCACAGCACUCUCACUGUCUGCAAACAAUGUGUGCAGCCGGCAGCCUUGGAAGAAACUGGCCCACAAUUCCCAGGUGCCAGGACAAAUUUCAAAGUCACUAUGGUGACCUGGUGCCUGGGAUUUGCUGAGCCCUGGUGUUGUGUCCUUAAAGGACUACUAUAGGCACCCAGACCACUUCAGCUUAAUGAGGUGGUCUGGGUGCCUGGUCCAGCUAGGGUUAACCCUUUUUUUUAUAUCCAGCCUCUAGUGGCUGUCUCAUUGACAGCCGCUAGAGGGCUUCCGUGCUUCUCACUGUGGUUUUCACAGUGAGAAGACGCCAGCGUCCAUAGGAAAGCAUUGUGAAUGCUUUCCUAUGGACUGGCUAAAUGCGUGCGCGGCUUGUGCCGCGCAUGCGCAUUCAGCCAAAGAGGAGGAGAGCUCCCCGCCCGGCGCUGGAGAAAGAGGUAAGUUUAACCCCUUCCUCUCCAUCCAGCCCGGCGGGAGGGGGACCCUGAGGGUGGGGGCACCCUCAGGGCACUAUAGUGCCAGGAAAACUAGUAUGUUUUCCUGGCACUGUAGUGGUCCUUUAACCCCUUCAGACCGGAGGGCGUACAAUUACGCCCUAUUUUAGGCGGCUCUAAACGCCGCCGGGCGUAAUUGUACGCCCUCCAGUUUUUGUUUACUUACCCGGUCCCGGCGGUCCCACGCUAGCGAUCGGGGUGGGGGGGACUCCCAGGGAGCCCCCCCACGGUAGAUCCUCCUCCUCCGGUGCCCCCCGGCCAUGUGAGAGUGGGGUCCUUGCGAGGACCCCACAAUCACAUGGCCGGGUAGGCUGCCUCCUGCAUUGCCAGCAGGGGGGCUGCCUGUAAUGACAGGUGGUCCCCCUGCUGGCUAAAAAUAAAAUGUAUUAGUGUAAAAAAAAUAUAUAUAUACUUAGAUCAUAUAUAUAUAUAUAUAUAUAUAUAUGAUCUAAGUAUAUAUAUAUAUAUAUAUAUACAUACACACACAUACACUGUCUAGGUGUAUUUUACUAUAUAUAUAUAUAUAUAUAUAUAUAUAUAUAUAUAUAUUAAUAUCAAAUUACACAUAGACUGAUACUGAUUAAAUAUAUAUAUAAUUAUUGUUAUAUAUAUAAAUAUAUAUAAUAAAUAUGUAAAUACGUUAAAAAAUUAAAUUAAAAAAAUAUAAAGAUGUGUGUUAUUUCGUUCUAACUGUAUUGUGAUAUUAAUAUAUAUAUAUAUAUUUAUAUCAAAAUACACGUAGAACGAAAUAAUAUAUAUAUCUACAUACAUAAAUAUAUAUGUAUGUAUAUAUAUAUAUAGAUACCUAUAUAUAAAUAAAAAUAUUUUUAAAAAAUUAUAUAGAUAUACACAUAUAGAUUCACAUACGUGUAUAUAUAUACAUAUAUUAAUUCUACAUAUAUAUUUAUGUAAUAUUUUUACAUAAUUAGGUAUCUUAAUUAAUUACAAUUAGCGGGACCUGCCUGACAACCCAUGCCAAAAGUAAAGGGAAUUUAAUUUGCUAGCACUAUAUUUAACCCUAUAACUUUCCAAGACACCAUAAAACCUGUACAUGGGGGGGUACUGUUCUACUCGGGAGACUUCGCUGAACACAAAUAUUAGUGUUUCAAAACAGCAAAAUGUAUUACAACGAUGAUAUCGCCAGUAAAAGUGACGUUUUUGCAUUUUUCAUGCACAAACAGCACUUACACGGACGAUAUUAUUGCUGUGAUACUUUUUACUAUUUUGAAACACAAAUAUUUGUGUUCAGCGAAGUCUCCCGAGUACAACAGUACCCCUCAUGUACAGGUUUUAUGGUGUUUUCAAAAGUUACAGCAUCAUAUAUAAGGCUUGCGUUUCAUUUUUUUCACAUUAAAAUUCGCCAGAUUGGUUACGGUGCCUUUGAGACCCUAUGGUAGCCCGAGAAUGAAAAUUACCCCUAUGAUGGCAUACCAUUACGCCUAUGAUGGCAAAAUUGGCGUCUUUUUGCAUUUUUCACACAAACAAAUACUAACGCUAACUUUGGCCAGUGUUUGUGACCAAAUGGCUACUAAAAAAGACUGGACAUACCCCAUUUGCAAUACCUUGGGUUGUCUGCUAUUGCAAAUGGUAUGCCAUCAUAGGGGUAAUUUUCAUUCUCGGGCUACCAUAGGGUCUUAAAGGCAACGUAACCAAUCUGGCGAAUUUCAAUUUCAAAUGUAACGUGCUAUAUUUGACCCUGUAACUUCCCAAAAUGCCAUAAAACCUGUACAUAGGGGGUACUGUUUUACACGUGAGACUUUGCUGAACACAAAUAUGUGUAUUUUAUUGCAGUAAAAGGAAACAGUAUUAUGACACUGACCUUUUAAAAUGUCAUGUAGAACUAAAAAAUUUUUAAAAAUUCUUAUUUUCUCCCAUUUGUUUCAUAUUAAAUUAUGUUUCAUAGCUAAAUAUUUGAUAUUAAAUGAAAGCCCUGUUUCCCCUGAAUAAAAUGAUAUAUAAUAAGGGUGGGUGUAUUUAAUAUGAAAGAGGUGAAUUACGGUUGGACAGACAUGUAGCGCAAAUGCCAGGUUUUGUUUAAAUUUUGUUUUGUUCACAACGUGCACAUUUGGCUCAGUCCUUAAGGGGUUAAUGAUUGGAUUUGUUAUUUUUAAACGCAAAUUGGUAUGGAGAGCAAUCUCUAAGAGCAUGUGAGACUGCUCUGAAAUGCCAAGCAAGUCCCAUCAGUCUCCCUUGUUUGGUAUUUAUCAGCUGACUGUUCCUACACCACCUUAACACAUUGCACAGUUUAUUAUUUCCCUGUGCAGGGAUUAGCUUUCCCUCACUUCUAUCGGACUGAUUAGGCUACGUAAAAAUCAGUUUGUCUCAUUAAGGAACAUUUGUACUGUUGUUUUAGUGCUACAUUUUCUAAAUCGAUGGUACUAUAUUAAUGUUAAUAAGCUUCAAAUAUGCUGCAGCUGGCCCUACUAGCCGAAUAUAAUAAAAACAAAAAACCUAUUAUAUAACUUCUAUUGUUUUGUAGUGCAUAGUUGACCUGUAAAUACAUCAAUUUUCAAUGCAACUCUUGGCUUACCUUUGCUGCAUUGGAACAGCCAGCUUUGUGUCCUCUUACACAACUAAAGCACUAGCUCUCUGUCACCUGAAUGUUGGUGUUAACAAAUACUGACCCUAUGUGCAGCCUAUACUAUGGCUUCAGCAAUUCAGCAUGCUCAUUGGGAGCUGUUUCACACCAUAGUGGACUUUAAGGUAGCAGCUCAUGAGUAAGGCAGGAGAUGCAAUGGAAAUAAAUAUUUCUUUAUAUGUUUCCAUUACAAAACAUACACAACAGGUAUAAUACAUACUUUUCAUCAUUUAUAAAAAUGACAAUUGUCCUUUAUUUUCUUACAUGAAUAAUUAAGCCAGGUUGAUUUCUAAAUAUUGGUCUUUCUUUACUUUAGCUAAUGUCAUCCACCUUUAGCCUUCCUUUAAAAUGCACACACCCAGAGAGCAGAUUUACAAAGGGUGCAAUAUUUGUGUAACGUAUUUGUUUAAUUUUUGUUUACAGGAUCAGGCUGAAAUGCUUCACAACAAAAGAAAAUCAUCACCAGACACUCAGAUAAAUGCCAAAAGAAUUGCCUUGGAUAGCCUUGAUUUAGUGGAGGACUCAGACGCUGGAAGUGAUUUAUUUUUUCUUGGAAAAACAAAAGUGUUGCAAGAAAAUUCUACUGCUGAAGAAAGUACAUCUUCCAUGUCCCCAUUUUACCCAUUAGAACCCAUUCUCCCUUUCUCCCCACUGAGUAGCAGUAUUUCAGGAAUGACAAGUUCCACACCUACAAUCAUUCACCAGGCUUACUCAACUCCAUCUAAAGUGGCGUCUUCAACCAGCGGCAGACUGUGUAUUUCUGCUGCAGAUCUGGAUGACACUAUAAGAGAUGAGAAAAUCUGGAGGCUGAAGGAACUUCUGAAAGAACGCGAAGAGGCAUUAGAAGCCAUACGGCGACAGAGAAACACCUGAGCUCUGCUUCAUUUCCACUUCCACUGAUAUUAUAUUAAAGAGGGUGUAUGGAAAUCAGAGUGACUCACGGCAGUCGUUAUUAAAGUGCACAAUGCAGAAAGGAGAAUUUCUAAACACUUUCAAAGUGCUAAUGGCUGGGUAGCUUUGGUAUAUAAUUUUAUUAUUUUCAUAUAGUAUUUGUAGAAAGUUAUAGGCUGAAGCAAAUAGCCUUUUUGUAUUUUUUUUGUAAAGGGAAUAAUCUGUAUAGUUGUAUGUGUGUAAAUAUGUAUUAUUAGACCAAAGUAAACCAUGAUUCUUGUCACCCUAAUAUUAUUGAUGAUGAGAAUGUUCAGUGCAGCAAUUAUACUAGUAAUACAGCAAUUUGUGUAAUCAAGGCCCACCAGUAAGAUAUCCCUUGAUAACAUGAAUGUGUGUUACUGGGUAAUGGGAUAUGUUUUUUCAUUUUCUUACCUGCUACGCAUUGAACAUAAGAAUCCUCACAGUCCAUUUUAAUAUGUGCCAUUGUAUUACUAUUCUGCUAAACAUGUAUUGUAAUGCUUUGUGUGAAUGGUUACUGCAUGUUUAACUUCACCAGUGCUGAUGCUCUCGUAUGUGCAUCUUAUAGAUAAUUACUUUGUAACCUAACUGCUUAAAACCCAACAAAGUAAAAGGAAUUUUACUUCUAGCAGAAUUUCAGAAAAAAAUUGCAUCUUUUUCUUUUCUUUUUUUUUUUAUAUUAGGCACGUGCUUCACAACUCGAGGUAUUAAACAGCGAUAUGUUUUCAUAUGUCUUUUCUGAAAGUGUAGAUUUGAACCAAUAAUUCUAAAUGGUAAUGGUGUGAAAGAUCCCAACCCCCCCUCCCCCCCAAUUCCAGAGAUGAAUUUCCUAUUAGUCAAUGUAUGUGAUAUACUGUACAUAGAGCAUUCAGGACAGCGCUGUGUACUGCCUUUCAGACAGCUUUUAAAUGAUCAACUUCAAGUUAAUUUGGUUUUAAAGUGUAAUUCAUGAAUAGAGGUGUGGAAUAUUCACUUGGAUUAUUGUAGAUUCAGGAAGUGGUGUGGAAUUUCAUUCUCAGAAAAAAACAAGUAUUUGUCCAAAACAGCUCUAAUUCACCAUAUAACAUGUUAGUUGAUUUCCUUUUAAAUGUGUUACAUGAGACGUUUUGUUUUCCUGCUCUGUAAGGUUUCCUUUUAUUUUUAUAUAGUGGGCGACAGCCUUUGGGUUUAUGUGUAACCUAUAAUAUAAAUGUUUGCACGUGACCCUUAUUUUCUCACACCUUUUUAUUUUUUAGGUUUAAGAUUUAAAGUACGCUUUCAUCAACAAUUUAAAAAAAAAAAUUAAAAAAGGUGACUGCUCUAAAUGUAGCAGCAAGCAUUGUAAUCAUGCCUAUUUUUACUUAUUUUUUUUCCCCCGGUGUGUAAUCCUUUGUGUUAUUUUGGUAAACACAUGAUAAUUUACAUGAAAAAGCAAUAAAAAAAGAAAAAAGAAAAGCCAGUGUGUGAACCUGAUGAAAAAUAAAUUCCACAUUAAU